AUGUACUUGUUGCAGUCGCUGCCUAGUUCAGGAGUGCAGGAUUCCCAACUGGAAAAGGUGCUCACAAUAUCAGCCGAGGGUACGUUAAUCAGUCCAAAUUUCCCGCACACGUACCCCCGGAACACUGCACUGGUGUGGAGGCUGGUGGUCCCCAACAACAUGAGGAUCCAGGUGCACUUUGACCAACGUUUUGGCCUGGAGGAGCCUGAGGACGGGGUCUGCAAGUAUGACUUUGUGGAGCUAGAGGACCUGACAGAGCGCUCCGUUGUAGGUCGCUGGUGUGGAGCAGAGCCUCUGUCCAACUCUUACGUCUCCAAAGGCUCUCAGCUCCGAGUCCGUUUUAUCUCCGACGAGUACUUCCCCUCAGCUCCCGGCUUUUGCAUCCGCUAUGCUCUGCAGCCCAUGCCGCAGGUAAAGGAGCUGCCUGGGGAAACUGGUGCUCUUUCACCUGCGAAUGAGACACAAUAA